CUACAAAUGGGUGGUGCUGAGAUUUUGGGAAUAAAGAGCCCUGAAAAGCUGAGUUCAGUCUCCCAAAGCCAGCAGAACAAACAGCAUAAUGGAAAACUGUUCCAUGUUAAUCAGUCCACUGUUGGAAAGAGAUUACCUCUCACCAAUGUACGGUCUGGAAUUUACCAUUGGCUUCAUUGGAAACCUAGUGGUGAUCCUAGGCUACAUCUUUUGCCUCCCUGCUUGGAAGUCCACUAACGUGUACCUGUUUAACCUGUCUGUGUCUGACCUCGUCUUCCUGUGCACUUUACCUGAGCUGUCCUAUAACUACGCUCACAACCUGAAGAAAUUCAAUACUGCACUCUGCAUGAUAAAUCGUUAUAUCCUCCAUGUGAACCUGUACUCCAGCAUUCUUUUCAUGAUGUGGGUAAGUGUGGACCGGUUCUUAUUGAUAUGUCACCCACAGCGAGAACACAUCCUGUUGACUCUCAAGGCCUCGCUGUGCAUCACCAUCCUGAACUGGAUCUGGAUGAAUAUUCAAAUCGCUCCUCUCAUCGUCUUCAUCAUCCAGGACUUGGAGCAAAAUAACUGGACAGUGUGUCGUGAUUUUGCGAGUCUGGGAGUGGCCAAAGUUACUCUGAUCUACAGCUUAGUUCUCACUAUAACUGGAUAUGUGAUUCCUCUUAUAGGUUUGUUCCUAGCAUCACAAAAGAUGGUUUCUGUACUAGUGAAAAGACAGGAAGUGCUUGGGACAUCUUUCCAAAGGCCAGUAAAGAUUGUGAGGUCUGCAGCAAUCAUGUUCCUGUUGCUCUACACACCUCUCCAUGUCAUGAGAAAUGUGCGUCUUGCAUCACGGCUUCCUGAAUUAAAAUUGUCACAGUGUGUUGUAGACUACAUCAACGGGGCUUACAUAGUGACACGGCCAAUUGCAUUCGCUCACAGUGCCAUCAACCCUGUGUUUUACUUCCUCAUGACAGACAGUUUUAAAGAAGCUCUGCAGGACAAAUGGAGGCAGAUUAAAAGGAUGAUAAUGAGAUCGUCAUAAACAAGCCUGACCUAUCAAGCAAAGGUUUCAGCAGAGCUUUGAAUAGAUUUUACUGUAGAACUGAACUGGGGAGAGAAAUUCAUACAGAACAUCUUUACUUAGUUGGUGAUGAUGGUGGCAGCAAACAGUCUGUAACACAUCACUCUGAAAUUCAGUGACUGCUGAAGCCUUAACAUACGAUUUAUAAAUUUUACACUCAUUAAACCAUUUAGUGAUCCUAUGUUCAGGGUCAUGGGACAGAAUCGUCCUGUAAGAGAUCACUCAGCAGAAUAGAAAGGUUUAAUCAUAUGAUCAAAUAAUCAUAUGGACAAAGAUAUUUUUGGUAACUUUUAGAACUAAAAACUACCUUUUAUCACUGACCUUGAGACACAGAGGAGGUGUAACAUCAGAAAAUUUAAAACAACAAUCAUUCACAAUUUACCACAAUUACCCUACUGCUUCAUACUGUAUGUAUAUAUACUGUACCCACUGUUUGUUGGGUGGAAACAAGAAAACUGCUCUCUUUAUAUCUUUGUGUUCUAAUGUUUAUCAGGGUUCUUUAUGUGUUCUAAUGUUUAUCAGGGUUCUUUAUGUGUUCUAAUGUUUAUCAGGGUUCUUUAUGUGUUCUAAUGUUUAUCAGGGUUCUUUAUGUGUUCUAAUGUUUAUCAGGGAUCUUUAUGUGUUCUAAUGUUUAUCAGGGAUCUUUAUGUGUUCUAAUGUUUAUCAGGGUUCUUUAUGUGUUCUAAUGUUUAUCAGGGAUCUUUAUGUGUUCUAAUGUUUAUCAGGGAUCUUUAUGUGUUCUAAUGUUUAUCAGGGUUCUUUAUGUGUUCUAAUGUUUAUCAGGGUUCUUUAUGUGUUCUAAUGUUUAUCAGAGAUCUUUAUGUGUUCUAAUGUUUAUCAGGGUUCUUUAUGUGUUCUAAUGUUUAUCAGGGUUCUUUAUGUGUUCUAAUGUUUAUCAGGGAUCUUUAUGUGUUCUAAUGUUUAUCAGGGUUCUUUAUGUGUUCUAAUGUUUAUCAGGGUUCUUUAUGUGUUCUAAUGUUUAUCAGGGUUCUUUAUGUGUUCUAAUGUUUAUCAGGGUUCUUUAUGUGUUCUAAUGUUUAUCAGGGUCAGACAGGUCUGAAAUGCUUCUUUAAAUAUUGAUUCUUUGGUAUUUCCCACCUCACUUCAGCCUCACCUGCGAGUCCUCCAAGGGAACAAAUAGCACAAAACCGUGCCAGCAUACUGCUGUAUAACUGCUAUAUAACUGUUGUAUAACUGCUGUAUAACUGCUGUAUAACCGCUGCUGUUUUCUUUACAUUCUCUACAUAGAGAGACACAGAUGCAUACAUAGAUAUAGAAAUGUUUACAGGGAAAUAAAAUGAUUCAGACAGAAGUCCUUGUCAGUUGUGUAAGAAAAAUGUGUGUGCUAUCUGUACAGUCAUUAGUAAAGCACACUGCAGUCUAUUUCCAUAUACACCAAAUAAGUGCAAUAGUGAAUUAUCACACUCUUUAUUCUCUCUCUCUCUCUCUCUCUCUCUCUCUCUCUCUCUCUCUCUCUCUCUCUCUCUCGCUCUCUAACUAGUAGCAUGAAUCACUGUCCCACUUACUGUCCACUUACAUGUCCAGUUUCAAUGACCCUGUACCCACCGCUGUACCUACUGCUGUACCCACCUCUGUACCCACUGCUGUACCCGCUUCUGUACCCACCUCUGUACCCACCACUGUACCCACCGCUGUACCCACCUCUGUACCUGCUUCUGUACCCACCUCUGUACCCACCUCUGUACCCACCUCUGUACCCGCUUCUGUACCCACCGCUGUACCCACCUCUGUACCCACCAAUUUACCCACCAAUGUACCCACCUUUGUACCUGCUUCUGUACCCACAGCUGUACCCACUGCUGUACCCACCUCUGUACCCACCUCUGUACCCACUGCUGUACCCUCCAAUGUACCCACCUCUGUACCCACUGCUGUACCCACAGAAUAUUGUUGUGGGCUGAAAGACGGGAUGUGGGAUGUGGUAGCUCAGUGGUUAAGGUGUUGGGCUACUGAUCGGAAGGUCAUGGGUUUGAACCCCAAGUCCAUCAAGCUGCCACUGCUGGGCCCCCGAGCAAGGCCCUUGACCCUCAGUUGCUCAGUUGUAAGUCACUCUGGAUAAGGGUGUCUGCUAAAUGCAUUAAAUGUAAAAAAAGAUAUAGAAACCCAUUAUUUUAUUUAAUUCCUGAGCUUCAUAUGCAAACUGGGUACGUUUCAUUUUUUUUGACCAAACUAUAUUCCUAAAUAUUAGUGGCAUUAAGUAAAAGUUUAGAGUUUGCAUUUUUGUGGUUUCUGAUGUUUUUAUUUUGAAUGUUUUUACUUUGUCUUGUGAUUAUAUUCGUUAUAAUCUUUAACUUAUUCAAAGUUAAUCCUGGAACUUGGUAAAUUUAAAUGUUUUCCGAAUGGAAAGGUGAAAUAUUGGCAUGUGAAAUAGAUUUAUUUGCAGACAUGCGCCUUUAGAGGGCGCUAUUGUCUUAGCAGUAAAAUGCUAUUAUUCCAGCUAAAUGCCUGUCGUUACUACUGAAUAAUUGUGAAUAAAACUUUGAGCUUAUGGUA